AUGACCCAAGACCGCAUCAGGAGGCUUGGAAUCAGCCGGUCCCGCCCAGCACAGGUGACCAGCCAGCGAGAAAAUGUGAGUUUUUCCAGUGCCUUCAUCUUGUUGGGCUUCUCAGAGCAUCCAUGGCUGGAGAUCCCUCUCUUUGGGGUGGUCUUGGUCUCCUACAUCAUCACUCUGGUGGGAAACAGCUCCAUCAUCCUCCUCUCCCUGGUAGAGCCUAGACUCCAGACCCCCAUGUACUUCUUCCUGGACAACCUGUCUGUGCUGGACCUCUGUGUCUCCUGCGCCAUUGUGCCACAGCUGCUGGCCAACCUCUGGGGGCCAGAGAAGACAAUCACUGCCUGGGGCUGCAUCACACAGGCCUACCUCUUCCACUGGACGGGCUGCACCGAAUGUGCCUUGCUGGCCGUGAUGGCUCUGGAUCGCUACACGGCUAUCUGCCGGCCCCUGCAGUACAUGCUCAUCAUGCGUCCCCGGGUGUGUAUGCAGCUGGCAGCCACAACUUGGCUCAGUGGCCUGGCCAACUCCCUGCUCCAAGCCACACUCGCCCUACAGCUUCCCCGCUGUGGUCACCACACCCUGGACCAUUUCUUCUGCGAGGUACCUGUUCUGAUCAAGCUGGCCUGUGGGGAUACGACUGUCAACAACCUAUCCCUGGCCUUGGGAGCUGUCCCUUUUGCACUGCUGGCUCCCGUGUGUGUGAUCAUCUCCUACACAUUCAUCACGAGGGCUGUACUGAAGUUACCUUCAGCCACAGGAAGAUACAAAGCACUGAGCACCUGCAGCUCCCACCUGGCAGUGGUCGUCAUGUACUUUGGGCCAGCCAUCUACAUGUAUCUCCAGCCCCCUGCCAGCAGUACUCAGGCCAAGUUCAUGUCUUUCUUCUACUGCGUUGUCACCCCUCUGCUCAAUCCACUCAUCUACACCCUGAGAAACAAGGAUGUGAAGGCAGCGUGGAAGAGGGUCCUAUGGUCCAGGGUGGAGUGA